GCGCAGAGCGGCCACCCCGGCGUCGGCGGCGGGGAAAUGGCGGCCGCGGGCCUGGUCGCUGUGGCGGCGGCUGCCGAGUACUGCGGCUCGGCCGCGUCGGGAGGAAGCCUGCCCGGUGCUCACUGCGGCUCGGGCUCCGGGGCCGGUCCCGGGUCUGGCCCGGGCUCAUGGAGCCGCUCUCUCGACCGAGCCUUGGAGGAGGCGGCGGUCACCGGGGUGCUGAGCCUGAGCGGCCGGAAACUGAGGGAGUUUCCCCGGGGAGCGGCCAGCCACGACCUUACGGACACCACCCGGGCGGACCUGUCACGAAAUCGUCUUUCAGAAAUUCCUAUAGAAGCAUGUCACUUUGUUUCUCUUGAAAAUCUCAACUUGUACCAAAAUUGUAUUCGGUAUAUUCCAGAGGCAAUUCUAAACCUACAAGCUCUAACAUUCUUAAAUAUUAGUCGGAACCAACUGUCAACGUUGCCGGUACACCUGUGUAAUUUACCAUUGAAAGUCUUAAUUGCUAGUAAUAACAAAUUGGUGUCACUUCCAGAAGAAAUUGGACACCUCAGACAUUUGAUGGAACUUGAUGUGAGCUGCAAUGAAAUUCAAACUAUCCCUUCCCAAAUUGGUAACCUGGAGGCCUUGAGAGACCUUAAUGUAAGAAGAAAUCACUUAGUACAUUUACCUGAAGAGCUGGCAGAGUUGCCUUUGAUACGGUUAGACUUCUCAUGCAAUAAAAUUACCGUAAUCCCUGUUUGUUAUCGGAACCUCAGGCACCUACAGAUGAUCACCCUGGAUAACAAUCCACUACAGUCACCUCCUGCACAGAUAUGUAUAAAAGGCAAAAUCCACAUAUUUAAAUACCUGAACAUACAAGCUUGUAAGAUUGCUCCAGAUCUGCCAGAUUAUGAUAGGAGACCGUUGGGUUUUGGCUCCUGCCAUGAAGAGUUGUACUCAACUCGCCCUUAUGGAGCCCUUGAUUCCGGCUUCAACAGUGUGGACAGUGGUGACAAGAGAUGGUCAGGGAAUGAGCCUACAGAUGAAUUUUCAGAUCUGCCUCUUCGAGUAGCAGAGAUUACUAAAGAACAGAGACUACGAAGAGAAAGCCAGUACCAAGAGAAUCGGGGCAGUUUAGUAGUGACAAAUGGUGGAGUGGAACAUGAUCUGGAUCAGAUUGACUACAUAGACAGCUGUACUGCAGAGGAAGAAGAAGAUGAGGUGAGACAGCCCAAGGGACCGGAUGCAGACAGCCUUAGUUCACAGUUUAUGGCAUAUAUUGAACAGCGGCGAAUCUCUCAUGAGGGUUCACCAAUAAAGCCAGUAGCCAUUAGGGAAUUUCAAAAAACAGAAGAUAUGAGAAGAUACUUACAUCAAAACAGGGUUCCAGUUGAGUCAUCUUCUCUCUUGUCACUAUCACCAAGUCACAGUCAGCUGUCACAUACAGACUUGGAGCUUCAUCGGAGAAGAGGGGAACAGUUAGUGGAGCGCACUCGGAGAGAGGCACAGCUUGCUGCGCUGCAGUAUGAGGAGGAGAAAAUAAGGACCAAGCAGAUCCAGAGAGAUGCUGUCCUGGACUUUGUCAAACAAAAAGCAUCACAAAAUCCACAAAGACAGCAACCCCUCUUAGAUAAUGAGUGCUCCUUCCCAUCCAGAAGGUCUCAGCACACUGAUGAUAGUGCCUUGUUAGUGUCGCUGUCAGGGCUGAAUCAAGUGGGCUGUGCUGCUGCGCUGCCUCAUUCUUCUGCCUUCACACCUCUUAAGGUUGAUGACAGACCUAAUGCUCUAUUAAGUUCAUCUACAACAGAAACAGUUCAUCAUUCCCCUGCGUAUUCUUUUCCUGCUGCUAUCCAGAGAAAUCAGUCUCAGCGCCCUGAAAGCUUCCUUUUCCGAGCCGGUGUCCGGGCAGAAACAAACAAAGGUCAUGCUUCACCCCUUCCUCCAUCUGCUGUACCUGCCACUGAGUCUAUAGAUUCCAUAACAAGACAGAAUUCAAGACAGAGAGAAGAAGAGCUGGAAUUAAUAGAUCAGUUGCGUAAACAUAUUGAGUACCGGUUGAAAGUAUCCCUGCCUUGCGAUCUCGGAGCAGCUCUAACUGACGGCGUUGUUCUUUGCCACUUGGCAAAUCAUGUUCGACCUCGAUCCGUCCCAAGCAUUCAUGUUCCUUCACCAGCUGUACCUAAAUUAACAAUGGCAAAAUGCAGGCGAAAUGUGGAGAAUUUCCUAGAAGCUUGUAGAAAAAUUGGUGUACCUCAGGACAAUCUUUGUUCCCCUUCCGACAUCCUUCAGCUAAACCUCAGCGUUAAAAGAACUGCUGAAACACUGCUUUCUCUUGGGGCACACUCAGAAGAAUCCAGUUUUGUCUGUCUGUCUAUCCAGCUUCUGGGUUUUGUGGCAUUUUACUGUACUGUAAUGUUAACUCUCUGUAUCCUUUAUUACCGGCUCUUCCCCUCUAGCUGAAAGAUCGCACUCCAGUGACUUUCCACCUCAUUUCUGUGCUUGAUAAAGGAGACUAGUUUCUCAUUCAGAAUUAUUUACAUACGUGCUUUUUCUCCCCACCGGGCCUCAAAGAGCUAACCAAUAAAGGAGAUAAAUCCUUUCCUUCUAUGUGCAGAUGAGCAGCCCGUCCGUCAUGUUAGUAAACAUUUAUGAUUGCUAACAAAGAGUAGAAGACCAGCAUUUUUUCUCCUGGUCAUCCAUCCAUUCUCCUGGACUGGCCUUGUUUCUCUUACCUCUGAACUUGUACUUCGAAUAUAAUAUGUAGAACUUUAUUUCAAAGUCACACAAUACGACGCCCAUCUGGCCAUUUUUCCAUGCCUCAACACAAGUGUUGAAAUUGUGGAGUUACUGAACAUUUUCAGCAGCUGCUCAUAAGGAAAAUCAUCGUGCCUUUUCUGAUUUUGGCAGUGCCCGGUCACUUAGAUUUUUACUUUGAACCGUGUCCUGAAAUACUGAAUUCUCCCUUCAUCGGUAGGCACAAGUCCAUCUAAGCAUUUGCAGUCUGGACAUUUGGAAGGUAUUGGUCAUUUAAUCUUAAAGAUUUUAGUUUGGUCAGAAUGUUCAGUUUAAAGAUCAUGUAGAUUCUCUAGACUGCUAUUCUGAGCCCAGUGUAUGCAUUUUAAGUGGUGCACAGUGAGCAGAUGGGCUAGAGCUGACCUCUGGGUACCUGUCCAGAUUUACUGUGUUCGUUAAUGCGUAACUGAGAUUCACUCCCAGGAUUCUGUUUAAAAUCGGAAUUUGUGUAAUUUCUAAUGUAUUCAAACCAUCUUAAUAGUGAAACAGCAGGUGAAGUGCUAGGCAGCAGUCUGUUCUGUACUCAAGGCACUGAAUACUGUCUAGCUCUUUCAGAAUGCUUAGUAUUGACUUGCUAAGACAUUAAUGCUUGAAACAACUUAUAAUUGCAGUUAGACUCUAGUUUCAUAAAUGGUGUUUCUGAGCAUUCAGGAACCUUCUGAAGUCUGUUAAGAUUGGGAUAAAGGCUGAACUCAAGUGUGAAGAGAGAUUGUGAGGAACACAAGAUCCUCUUGUAGAAUUCAGCCUGAGGGUCUUACUGGUUUGAUUUUCUUCCAUAUUAAACGGGACAGCUACUUUAACAGGUUAAAAGACUGUUCAAGCCGGGCACGGUGGCUCAAGCCUGUAAUCCCAGCA